AUGCUGAGGUGCCUCGCGUUCGCGUGGAUUCUCCUCGGCACCCUCACCGAUGCCAGGACGCUGAUCGAGACCCUGCGGCCCGAUGGAGGCCCUGUUGACCCCCAGCCCCACACCGUGCCCUACGACUGGUCCGACACCAGUAAGAGCGGCGUCAUGCGAGGCACCAUGGACAUCGACGCCUCUGAUCCCCGGCUCCAGCCUGCAGAGGAGGGAUUCCCAGAGCAGAUCAGCCUCAUGUACUAUGGAUCCACAUCCGAGUACUCAUUUGAGACGCUGCCGGCAGGCAAAAGCUACCCACUCCGGCUUGGCCUCAUUGCUGAUACUGGGCAGACCUACAACUCUUCCACCACGUAUGAGCGGCUGAAGGAGGAUCGUCCCCAGGUAAUCUUCCAUAUGGGUGACCUCUCCUACUCUGAUGACUACCUCACCACUGGAACCCUGUUCCCCUGGGUCCUCAACGUCACGCCCCCUACGCGCUUUCCAGCCAACAGCGAGGCAAGCGGCAGUGCGAGCCCCCUCUGGCACUCCCACGAUGUCGGCCCGGUGCACGUGGUUUUCCUGACAUCCUAUGCGCCCUAUGACGAGGGCACAGAGCAGCAUGACUGGCUGAAGAGGGACCUGGCGUCGGUCGACAGGCAGAGGACACCGUACACGUCAUACGCCGCUCAUUACUACGAGGCCAACUGCCACCGGCUCGCAACCGAGGUGUUGCUGUACUCGUAUGGCGUCGACCUUGUGCUGAAUGGUCAUGUGCAUGCCUAUGAGCGAUCCUUCCCGGUCUUUGACUUCAAGCCCCACCCAUCCUCCCACACCGCCUCCCUGGCAAUGCAGAGGGACGACUGCGGCCCUGUCCAUCUGUCCCUGGGGGACGGCGGCAACAUCGAAAAGUAUGUGGCAGGGCUGGGGAGUGAGGAGGAAGGUGCUGACUCGACAUGCCGCCGUUCAUGCAGACGCAUGCCGCUUGUUGCGAUCAUUCACACUUUCCUUGUUGGUCUGCUCAAACAACCCCCACUGCUCCGCCGUCAGCUCUUUCCCGCCCCACCCUCCAGGCUGAAUGCUGUCUUUGCUGACACACCAGGUCAUUGCCCCCCCAUCUUCGAUCAUGGCCCCAGCUACCAGCCGGAAUUUUGCCCCCAGAAUGUCUACAAUGGCAGCUACUGCUCCCUCAUGCAGCCAGCCUGGUCGGCCUUCCGAGAGCCCUCGUUUGGGCAUGCAACCCUGGACAUCCUGAACGACACGCACGCCCUGUUUCAAUGGAAGCGCAAUGCCGACCCCCUGUCGGUGGUGGCAGACGAGGUCGUCUUCAGGAGGCGUCCUGACAAGUGCGGCAUGAGGCCGCGUGCUGGGUCGUCGGCGGACAUCGGGUUGUCCCAGGCAUUACCAGUCGGAGGAGGCGCCAUUGCCCAGGCCUGA